AUGCUGCUGUCACGGUCAGACACGGUGCUCCAGAUUGGUGGGGAAGGCAGCUCUGGCGGUGGUCUCCGUUGCCCUCUAACUCAUGGUGAGCAUGGCUGCAGACAGAGGGGUCGAGCAGGAGCUGGAAGGGCUGCCAGUGCUGCUGUUUCUUCUGUUGCUACAAAGUCCAAAAACUUCCAGGAUUCCUCCCCUUCAUCCUCUCAGCUGCCGGGAAGAGAACAGGAAACACAUAACCCUCACAGGCACCUGUUCCUGGCCUGUGAGCUGCCUGGCUGUUUGCACAAUGCGUUCCAGUCUGGUGUGGGCAGAGGGUGCUGGUUACCACACAGUGAUGGAGGAGUUGUGUGUCUUUUGUGUCCACAGUAUGGCAGAAGCCCCCUGCACUUGGCUGCCUACAAAGGCCACAUCGAGGUUGUGCAUAUCCUGCUCAAAGCUGGCUGCGACCUGGACAUCCAAGACGACGGGGAGCAGACAGCGUUACAGCGGGCUGCCGUGGUGGGAAACUGUGACAUCAUCAGCGCUCUCAUCCAGGAAGGGUGUGCACUGGACAGACAGGACAAGGAUGGCAACACAGGUCUCCAUGAGGUGUCCUGGCAUGGCUUCAGUCAGUCUGUCAAACUACUGGUGAAGGCUGGAGCCAACGUUCAUGCUAAAAAUAAGGCAGGAAACACAGCUCUCCACCUUGCGUGUCAGAACGGCCACGCUCAGAGCUCCAAGGUUCUGCUCCUGGGAGGGUCCCGGCCUGACAGCAAAAACCAUGCGGGGGACACGUGUCUGCAUGUGGCGGCCCGCUACAACCAUGUAGCUAUGAUCCGCAUCUUGCUGGGGGCCUUUUGCUCCGUGUCAGAGAAGAACCUGGCUGGGGACACACCACUACAUGUGGCAGCUGCUCUGAAUCAUAAGAAGACAGUACGUCUGCUGCUGGAGGCGGGGGCAGACAGCCGCAUCUGCAACAACAGUCAGAGUCCUGCUGGGUCCGUGAAGCCGCCUCGGAACAUCGCUGGCCUCUGUUUCUGGUCUCUGUCGCUCAUUUCUGGCAGCCGCUCCUUUGGCAGUAAUUCCCGUCGGUCCGCCCGGUUCGUCCUGAGCGAGAACGUCCCCCGUGUCCCGAGCUUCCAUUUCCGGGUUUACCUAAUCCGAGCUCUUGAUAAGAUGACAGUGGAGCGAGUGUCGGCAGAGAGGAGCGAGUGUCUACAGAGGAUCGAGCAGCGGGCCCUGCAGGAGAGGCUGGAGGCAGAGAAGAGACAGGCGUCCCUGGUCAGUGAGCUGAAGAGCUGGUGUCUGUCCAAGCUGCAGAACAUGGAGGUCCGCUUCACCGGAGACCCCAGCAGCAGCACCAAGCUGCAGCGCUCCUCCUCUGUGGCCGAGGGCCUGAAUGAAACCGAGGGAGCCAGCCUCACCGUGCUGUCCUCUGCCCAGGCUGGCAGCUCCCAGUGCCUGGAGCUCCACGACAGCCCCGUCCUCCUGGACGGGGGCCGGGGGGAGGCCACUGUGGCAGAGUGCGGCUCGGCCAACCACUACUUUGUGGUUCACGUGGAGAGCUCUCCAGAUGGUGAUAAGGCUCAGACUGCAGAAGUCACCUCUCCUGCAACAGCCAAGAGCCCGCUGUCAUCAGUCCAGGUGGUUAGGCCGAAGGAGCGUUCGGUCAUCUCCAUCGACACCCAGAAGAAGAACCAGGACCAGCAGGGUGUGGAGCACGGGGCGAGGGCGGGCAGGAAUCACAGAGCCAGCAGCCUGUCUCCGGCCACAGAGCGCCGCUGCAGCAGCAGGACUGAAGCCGGCCUCAGAGACAGGGAGCGAGGGCGGGACAGAGGGAAGCACCAUAAGAAGCAUUCCCAGGGCAGGACUAAGUCCAGGGGGGCCACAGGGGUCAGGACUCUAGAGGUGUUUGGAGACCAGCCCAGUGAGCCCUCCUUUGCUCAGGAGAGGGACAACAUGCACGCUCUGGAGGUGACCCAGUACUUCUUUGAGGCGGUGUCGACGCAGAUGGAGCGCUGGUACGAGAGGAAGGUGCAGGAGGCUCGCUGGCAGGCCAAUCAGAGGGCUCAGGCUGACAGGGCCGCUCUGGUCGAGAGGAUCACUUAUCUGGAGGACGAGCUGCGCAUGUUGAGGACAAACAGACAUGAUGACUGCUAACACACGUCACUAUCAAGCUACGUGAGAUUAGAUUUGGAAUGACCAAUGUGCUCUGCUGGCCACACCAGGGUUCUGCAGGCUGAGUGGAUGUUCUCUAGUGGAUGUUAGCUGUACUUUAACUCCAGUGUCUUAGUCACAGUGUUUACAAUCCACUGACAUGGACAGUAAGAGGUGAUGCAGCACUCUGCAAACUGGCUUUACAUACAUAAAAAAAACCUUCAAAACCUGCCCCUUUUUCACCUGUACUUUGAUAUGCUACGUGCUACGCUAGAAAAGACAACCUCAUUUUGAAUAUGGUGACAUACAGGCACAUCUUAAGUUAGUUAAUGUUAGCUUGCAUUCUGCUAAAAUUAGCUAACUUAAAGCAGCUCGAGGCAACUUUUAUAAAACUGACUUUUUGUCAUAUUUGCUCAGGGAAAGAUCAAAAGAUGCUUUGUGUUGGAAGCUUAAAGAUAAUUGGUUAGUAGAAAGUUGAUAGAGUCUCAUUCCCAGGGUCCCAAAGUGUCAUCUUUUUUGGCUCCGAUUGGUCGUUUUCGUUCAGGCCCGGUAGAUUCUUGCAAAUGCCAUAAGGAGCACUAAGAGGAGCCAGAGGAACCUGAUUUUCUUCAGAUUAUUUGUCUGAUGUACUACUGUCAGGAUAUAAUGAAAGUUUCCUUCUGCAGAUUUAAGAUGUGACUGUCUCUUUAAACCAUCUUCAAAAUGUGGUUGUCUUUUCAUCAUAGAAGAGUCUAGCAGCUAGCUAGCGGGAGCACAGAGCAAAAGUGGGCAGGUCAGUUGUAUCUGUUCUUCCUGUUUUUGAAUAUUACAGUUGACACUAGAGCUGCAACAAUUAGUCAAUUCAUCAAUGUAAGGAUUCUGCUUUUCUCCUUUUAUAUCAUUUUCACUAUUUAAGUUUUACAGACAAAACAAUUAAUGGAGAAAAUAAUCAGCAGAUGAUGAAUUGGAGUGAACUUGAUUAUUGGUUGCAGCCCUAGUCAACACCUGUGGAGUUCUUUCUCUGCCUCAUUCCUGAGUGAGCAAUGGAACAUUUGGAACACAGAAAAAUCUAUUUCCAAGCAAAGGCUAAUUUAGUUUGAGCAAACAAAUCUAUUCUGUACUCACUAAAUGUUUUGGCAGUGUGUUUGUCACUCAACACAGCACAGCGUUACCACAAAAUCAACCGACUGGAAAACUUCUGAUUGGUUGUUUCUUCUCCAAUAACAAUGCUUCAAUAAGAAAACAAACAUUUCUGCCAAUAAUACAAGAUACCGACUGCAAAUGUGUUUUAAUUGAGUUGUAGUUAAACAAACUCACUCUAGAGAGUUAUCAUUUUUUCAUAAUGCUUCCAUUAUGAAAAAAUGCUGGAGAAAUAGUAGGGAUUUAAUUGGAGACAAAACAGGCAAUCAGAAUUUACCUUUUGCAGUUCUCCAAUUGGUUGAUUUUGUGGCACACUGUGAUGCUGUCCCAGGCGCACUGAUGUGCUAGACGGGUUAUUAUUGCACGUUAAUAUGGAUAACAUACAACAGAUCUUUAUUUGCUCAAACAAAACUUAUUUUUCCUUGCUUAGAAUUUCUCUUCAAAAUACAAUUAGUGCUUCCAAAAUAGAUUUUUCUGUGCUCCAAAUCUUCCAUUGCUGGUUCAGGAAUGAGGCUCAAAUGUAACACCAUGAGAGGAUUAGGGCCACAUGAGAAAAACAUUUAGUUCGAAGUUUAAAGUUAAAAAAAUAGUCAGAACUCAAAUGUUUGACAUCCCCCACAGCCCCAAUCCUCUUCUGUAGACGACCUAUAAUCUCCCAGAAUGCCGAUGCCCUAUAGAGGAGCAUCCUGACACUUUGCAUGAAGAAAGCUCAGUGUUGUGGUGCAGUGUUAGUGGCUGUCUGCUCAUAUGUGCUUAGGUUUCCUUAUGAAUAACGCACUCUGUAUGAUGGAAUGUUGUAUAUAAAAAUUGAUCAUUUAACAUCUGUCUGUGCUUUCAUUAACUCUGUCCUGCCAAACAACUUUUAAUACACUGCGUUGUUCACCUGC